GGGCAGUGCCGGGAGGCGGAAGCAGCCGCGGCCAUGGCGGCCGCCAUGCCGCUCUGUGUUCUGUUACUGCUGCUCCUGGGCCCGGGCACCUGGGGUCGUGCACAGCCUUCUCGCGACAGCCUGCGGGAGGAGCUUGUCAUCACCCCGCUGCCCUCCGGGGACGUAGCUGCCACAUUCCAAUUCCGUACACGCUGGGAUUCGGAGCUGCAGCGGGAAGGAGUGUCUCAUUACAGGCUCUUCCCCAAGGCCCUGGGGCAGCUGAUCUCCAAAUACUCUCUGAGGGAGCUGCACCUGUCAUUCACGCAAGGCUUUUGGAGGACCCGCUACUGGGGGCCACCCUUUCUGCAGGCCCCUUCGGGUGCAGAGCUCUGGGUCUGGUUCCAAGACACUGUCACUGAUGUGGACGAAUCUUGGAAGGAGCUCAGUAACGUCCUCUCAGGGAUCUUCUGUGCCUCUCUCAACUUCAUUGACUCAACCAACACAGUCACUCCCACGGCCUCCUUCAAACCCUUGGGGCUGGCUAAUGACACUGAUCACUAUUUCCUGCGCUAUGCCGUGCUGCCACGGGAAGUUGUCUGCACUGAGAACCUUACUCCGUGGAAGAAGCUCUUGCCCUGUAGUUCCAAGGCAGGCCUCUCAGUGCUACUGAAAGCUGAUCGCUUGUUUCACACCAGCUACCACUCCCAGGCUGUGCAUAUCCGCCCUAUCUGCAGAGAUGCACGUUGUACCAGCAUCUCCUGGGAGCUGAGGCAGACCCUUUCUGUUGUAUUUGACACCUUCAUCACAGGGCAGGGGAUGAAAGACUGGUCCCUCUUCCGAAUGUUCUCCCGAACUCUCACAGAGCCCUGCCCUCUGGCUUCAGAGAGCCAAGUCUAUGUGGAUAUCACCGGUUACAACCAGAGCAAUGAGACACUGGAGGUGAACCCGCCUCCCACUGCCACAUACCAGGAUGUCAUCCUAGGAUCCCGCAAGACCUAUGCUGUCUAUGACUUGUUUGACACGACCCUGGUCAAUAAUUCCCGAAACCUCAACCUCCAGUUCAAGUGGAAGAGACCCUCAGAGACUGCAGAGGCCCCGCCAGUUCCCUUCCUGCAUGCUCAGCGGUACGUGAGUGGCUACGGGCUGCAGAAGGGAGAGCUGAGCACGCUGCUGUACAACACCCACCCUUACCGGGCCUUUCCCGUGCUGCUUCUGGACGUGGUGCCCUGGUACCUGCGGCUCUACGUGCACACCCUCACCAUCACCUCCAAGGGCAAGGAGAACAAACCAAGUUACAUCCACUACCAGCCUGCUCAGGAUCGGCAGCAGCCCCACCUCCUGGAGAUGCUGAUUCAGCUGCCGGCCAACUCAGUCACCAAGGUCUCCAUCCAGUUUGAGCGGGCCCUGCUCAAGUGGACCGAGUACACGCCAGACCCCAACCACGGCUUCUAUGUCAGCCCAUCGGUCCUCAGUGCCCUUGUGCCCAGCGUGGUGGCAGCCAAGCCCAUAGACUGGGAAGAGAGCCCUCUCUUCAACACCCUGUUCCCAGUCUCCGAUGGUUCCAGCUACUUCGUGCGACUCUACACAGAGCCACUGCUGGUGAACCUGCCCACGCCGGACUUCAGUAUGCCCUACAACGUGAUCUGCCUCACAUGCACUGUGGUAGCCGUGUGCUACGGCUCCUUCUACAACCUCCUCACCCGGACCUUCCACAUCGAGGAGCCCAGCAAGGGUGGCCUGGCCAAGAGGCUGGCCAACGUCAUCCGGCGGCUCCGUGGUGUCCCUCCACUCUGAGGCGCUCCCUCUUCAGCAGCUGCAGCUGCUCCCCUCCCGUAGAGGGGCCAAGAUAAUUCCUGGGGCUCUUUCUGCCUGUGUUCUCUCCAGAGUUGGCUUUCGAACCAAGCUACCCCUGGGCCAGGCCAAGGCCUAGGGUUGUGUGGUCCGUCUGGUAGUCAUGAACCACAUGUGAUAUUUAAAUUUAAAUUAACUUAAAAAUGUAUUUCCCCUGCUGCAGUGGCCACACUUGAAGUGCUCAGUCUGCUUUGGACAGCCCAGAAUAACAUUCCCAUCGUUGCAGGAAGUUUUCUGGGGAGCACUGACCUGGGUGACAGGGCGUGUGGAAGUGUUUGUAUCACUGUUGGGGGUGAGAUUUACUUAUGGAAUAAAAAGUGGCUGCUUGCUGGGCACCAGUGGCUCACACCUGUAAUCCCAGCUACUCAGGAGGCUGA